AGGGGCAGAGGAGCACGAGCCGUCCCCACAAGCCGGGGACGAAGUACGGGGUCUCGGCUCCCCGCCCUGCCCCGCCGAAGCGCCUCAGGGCGCCGCCCCGGGAGUCGUCGACCCGUUGUGGCCGCUGGGCGCGGCGCCGAGGAUCGAUGUCUCGGCGCUCGGCAGCCGCCAUCCCCGCCAUGGCGCUGAGCGGGCUGCGGGUGCUGGAGCUGGCCGGGCUGGCUCCGGCCCCGCUCUGCGGCAUGAUCCUGGCCGACUUCGGGGCUUGCGUGGUGCGGGUCGACCGAGCGCCCCGCUCCGCCGUGGCGGUGGACGUGCAGGGCCGCGGCAAGCGCUCCUUGGCGCUCGACCUCAAGCGGCCGCCGGGUGCGGCGGCUCUGCGGCGGCUGUGCGGAGGGGCGGACGUCCUCAUCGAGCCCUUCCGCCACGGUGUCAUGGAAAAACUCGGUCUUGGUCCAGAGGUCCUUAUGCAUGAGAAUCCCAGACUCAUUUAUGCUAGACUUACUGGAUUUGGUCAGACAGGAAAAUACGCCAAGUCUGCAGGACAUGACAUCAAUUAUGUGGCUUUAUCAGGUGUGCUGUCAAAGUUAGGUAGAAAAUCUGAAAAUCCUUACGCACCAGUUAAUCUUCUGGCUGAUUUUGCUGGUGGAGGUGUGCUCUGUGCAAUGGGCAUUCUCAUCGCCCUUUAUGAACGUACCAAAUCUGGCAAAGGACAGAUCAUUGAUGCAAGCAUGGUAGAAGGAAUAGCAUACAUAAGUUCUUUUCUGUGGAAAACACAAAGUUUAGGAAUCUGGAACAGACCUCGAGGUGAGAACUUACUAGACAGUGGUGCACCGUUUUAUGAAACCUACAGGACCUCUGAUGGAAAAUUCAUGGCUGUUGGUGCUCUUGAGCCCCAAUUUUAUGAGCAGUUACUAAAGGGUCUCGGGCUCGAUUCAGACAAACUUCCUGAUCAGUUGAGUUUCUCUGACUGGCCUGAAAUGAAGAAAAUGUUUGCAUCCAUAUUUGCAAAGAAGACACAAGCUGAAUGGUGCCACAUAUUUGAUGGAACUGAUGCCUGUGUGACCCCUGUUUUGUCCUUUGAUGAUGCUGCCUCACAUCAGCAUAACAAACAAAGAAGUUCUUUUAUCAAAAAUGAUCAGGAAGAGAUAAGUCCUAGACCUGCUCCUCUACUUUCAAGGACCCCUGCUGUUCCAUCGCUUAAAAGAGAUCCUUUUAUAGGCGAGCACACAGAAGAGAUACUCCUGGAAUAUGGAUUUACUAAGAACGAGAUUGCUCAACUUUAUUCUGACAAAAUAAUAGAAUUCAACAAACCUAAAGCUAAUUUAUAAUCUCUGACUAUGCAAAUCAGACAAACUUCAGGCUGAUGUAGUAAGAUUUUAUGUAUUAAAUUUAAUUACAUGACAAAUAAAAGUUUGUGUGCUACUACUUUUAAAUGACUGAAGUUUUAGAUUUAAUGGGAGUUACAUAUUUGUGUGCUGGGAUGGUUUGCAGUCUAGGAUGAUAAUGAAAUUGUGUUCUCAAGUUCUACACUAUUUGCCUUAGCAAGCAGAUGUAAAUCCUCAAAAUAUUUUAAAAAUACCAUAUCCUGUGAAUUGGUUGGUUCUUUUGACUCAUAGUUGAUCCAUUGCUUUGUUGUGUUGCAAUUACCUGAAGGCCUUACCUUUUCAUAAAAUAUAGUCAUAUACUUCCUAAACAUAUGACUGUUUACUCAUAGAUUAAAGGGGAUUUUUAUUUUUCUGUGUUGAUUCAUUUGCUUUACCAUGCCAAAACAAUUAUACAAAUAACGCUGUUUUCUUAUGUAUUGCUGUAGAGUUACAAUGAUAAAGUAAUUGUAUUUAAAAUCCUGUCUACAUUUUCUUUAUGCAGUUGCCUGAUUAGAUUAGAUUUGACAUUUCAGUUUGCCUGAAAAGUCAUUUCAGAAAUAAAUUUGUUAUUACAAAAUA